AUGAGACAUGCAAUUGGUAUUGAACUAAAUGAAAGAAAGUCUGGUAGUGGUAUGGUAGCAACUGACAAUAUAAUCUUUAGGGAAACCAUUGCAGCAUUUCUUACACAUUAUUGCAAGCCUGCAAAACCAAUUGAUCCAGAGAAUCUAUUGGCAUUCAAUGGGAGUGGGUCAGCUGUCGAAGCAUUAGGGGAAAUGCUGGCUGAACCUGGAGAUGGCUUUCUCAUUCCUGCACCAUUUUAUGGAGGAUUCAAGUCUGACUUACAAAUGAGAUUUAAUGUCAUUGCUUAUCCUGUGACACUGUCUUCUGAGCCGGCACCAGGGGAAACAGUCCCAUUUGAGUUGACAGUGGAGAGAAUUGAAAAGGCUUUCAAUGAUGCCAAAAAGAAGGGUAUCGCCAUUCGUGCAUUAUUGCUUUGCAAUCCAAACAAUCCCUUUGGGUGCAUCUAUUCAGAUAAACUGGUCAAAGACUGCCUACAGUUUGCUCACAAACAUAAAAUCCACAUCAUAGUAGAUGAGCUUUAUCUCUUGUCAAUCUUUCAUGAAGGAUCUUCUAUGAACAGCGUACUAAGCUACACAGACAUUCCCGAUCCUGAGAGAUUCCAUUUUAUUUGGGGAUUCAGUAAAGAUUUUGCUGUAUCAGGGUUCCGCUGUGGAGUUCUUUACACCCAAAACAAGGACCUCAAAGCUGCUUUGUACAACACCAUGUACUUUCAGACGGUGUCAACAGUCACUCAGCAUGUCUUGAUGAAUCUCAUCAAAGAUUUAGACUGGGUCGACAGGGUGUAUGUUCCUGCAAGCCACAAGCGUCUACGAGAGAGCAACAAGAUUGUCUGUGAAUUCCUUCAAAAAGCUGACAUCCCACACCUUGAAUGCAAAGCAGGGUUCUUCUUAUGGGCAGAUUUUAGAAAAUUUUUAAAGUCUCAAACAUUUGAAGAUGAGUGGGAGCUAUUUGAGUAUUUUAUGGACAACAAACUGUACAUAAGUCCGAGUGUUGCCUUCACCUGCAAUGAACCAGGAUGGUUUAGGAUUAUUUUUGCUGAGGAUCCCAAAAUUCUUCAAAUAGCGAUGGAAAGACUUUUAAAAGUUGUUCAAAAGCGAAGAGAAGAACUUUCCAAGCAUCAAAAUGAAACGAAGACCCAGUGAUGGAAGACAGUGACGUCAUGAAGGCGUGUCGUAUAUAUUUUGACGUCAUAGCGGUUUUGGAAUUAGAAAUUUUGACCACCUUUAAAUUACAUUCUUGAUCUCUCUAUUUCGUCCCCACACUUUAACUCACGUGACUUUAUAAUGGCCGACGUGCUGAAUUUAAUGAAUAUAAAGCGUGCGCGCAUGUGUCUGUGCUGUGAUAUAAACACGGUGGGGCUGUAGGCCACGAGAGAAGCAAACUUAGAAACACGUGCACAAGGCGUAUCCGAGUCUCUUGCUUAUAUGUUUAUGUCAUAAUAAUACAGAGACAUAAGAAGCCGUUUUAUAAUGCUCUUAUGAUAUAUUUUUGGACAACUUUGCUCCUAAUAUCGAUAUGCACCUGAUAUCGAUAUUCGCCUUAUUUGCAGAAUUUUUGCAAAGCGCUGUAUAUAUAUACAUAAGGAUUUGCAAAAAUUCUGCAAAAGUCAAGUAUAUCUAUAUCUAUAUAUCCAUAUAUAAACUAAUUUGCAUAUUUUCAUAUCCUAUAAAUCCUAUAAUGUUUUGCAGGAAAACGAUAAUUCGAAAUUGGAAUUUCAACUACUUU